CAGAGCCUGAGGAUUGUUAAAAAGAUUGUCAGGGUCCCCAUCUCCCUCUCCUCCAGAGGGGUAACUGUGGCAGGUUUGUCUCCGGGCAGCGUCUACUCCUUCACUCUUCGAGCCUCUUAUCUUGGCGGCUCAACCUGGAGCUUGGGUCAAACACGGACUGCACACACGAGACCUCUUCCUCCUCACAAUAUCAGUUUUGGCCCUGUUACCGUCAGUCAGAUUAGUGUCCACUGGAUGCUGACAGAUACACAAUUAAAGGAUGGAUGGAUAUUUGUGGUGCGCUAUGUGGACAUGUCUUCAGGACAAAAGAGGAUAGUUAGAAUGACUAAUAUCUCCAAGUUAUCAGAGACUGGUGGGUUACAGUCAUACUCUGCUGUGAUUGGAGGGCUGGAGUCUUACAGUAAAUACACAGUUGAAGUUUACACCGUCACCCAGUAUGGGAUAGACAGCUGUGGACAAGCGCCUGUGACUGUGCAGACUGCGGUGAGGCCCCUUAGUGGUCUGUUUGUGUUGAGCGGAACAGUAAAUUUGACUGUCUGCUGGACCAGCUCACCUGAUAACCCACCAGAUCGUUAUUAUAUCACAUCGCAACCGCUGAUUGACUACCCACCAACCUCACUGUGGAUGAACCAGACCAGUCCUGGUGCACACUGGGUGAAUGACACUGUGUGUGUAAAUCUGGGCACAUUUACUCCAGGUCAGACUUAUGAAGUGGGAGUGGUCUCUUUGAGGGGUGAGGACAGGAGUGAGAUGACCAAAACCAUACAUACCACAGACCCAUUGCAAGUACAGGUAGCAGUCCCUCUUUCUGUGGGCACACACUCCACACAACUGUACAUCCAGCGGCCACACCUGGGUGUGAUCGAUGGGGUCAAAGUGUGUGUGUGUCCAGGAUUGUGUGACAGUAUGUGUGAGGGAUUGUGUCUGACAGCAUGCGACUGGUACUCCCUUCCUGCUGGAGUUCACAUCAUAACCCUGAGCAACCUCAGUUCAGGCUCCGAGCUGCAGCUCAGGGUGUUCAGCACAAGCCGGGCACAGAUGGGACCACCUUACUACUCCCGCCCCUUUAAAACAAGUCUGGCUCCUCCAAUCAGAGUGAAGGAAGGUGUGGUGACAGACUCAUCCAUUCAGCUGCUCUGGGAUCAGGCAGAAGGACAGGCUCACAGCUACGAGGUUACCUGCUUCAACUGUCACCAUUCACACAAGGUGCAGAAGGUGUUCAAUCAGAGUGCAACCUUUUCUACUCUGACUCCAGGCGUGCUCUACCACUUUGCAGUACGAACAGAGAAGGAUUCCUUUACAGAUAGUUCCCCUGUCACCAUCAACAUAAUUGCAGCUCCUAACCCAGUGGAGUUGUCUCUUGUCAAUAAAACAACAUCAUCCGUAUGCAUUCGUUGGAGUAAUAUCAGGGGAGUUGCAAGCGGACUCAUCCUGUCAAUCAAAAACAAAACAUCCAGCCAAGAGCUGAUCAUCCCUCAUCAAGAGGCCGGGUCAUACAGCUUCGAAGGCCUCGCUUACGGAAGCCAAUAUACAAUUGAAGUGACAAGCACCAGCGGGGGAAGAAGGAGUAAACCUGCCACUAUGAUCCUCCAUACUUGUCCAGGGAUGCCGCAGGAUGUGGUUCUUUCGGAGCAGAUAGUGACGUCUGUGUUUGUCACCUGGAGAGCACCACCAGGACAGGUGGAGGGGUACACGCUUGUUUUUGGCCUGCGGUCUGUGGACAGGAAGUCUUGGAUUGAGGUGCUUGUCCGGAGCACACGUUAUGAGAUCAGGGAUUUGAUCCCGGGAUCAGACUAUGGUGUCAGUAUUCAGAGCGUGCUGGGCUCAGAAACCAGUCAGCCCGUCCUCCGAGAGUUCAGCACACGCCCAGCAGGAUUAUGCGCCCUUCAUGUAGAAAACAUGAACUCCUCCUCUGUCUCUGUGAGCUGGGACAGUGCUGUAGGAGAGUUUGACUUUCACAGAGUCACUGUGGUCAACACGUCAGUCACAAACACACUCACCGUGCCCAGGGAGAAGCGGGUUGCCGUGCUUACAGGUCUGGCGGACGGCUGCAGCUACAACGUGAGCGCUGAGAGAGUGAGAGGGGUGAAAGCAGGGAGCGCUGCCUUUCUGACUGUGACCACAGUGCCAGCCACUGUGCGAGGAGUGCGUAUCAUGAAUGUGUCGGCACAUGCAUUCUCGCUUCACUGGGAGCAGGCGGCGGGGUGUGUGAAUCACUACCAAGUCACCCUUCUACCGAACCAUGGAAAAGUCAUAGUGCACCCUGCACAUGACGGAUAUAUUGAGGCCGAUGUGGUGAAUGUCAGUCCGGGGACACAGUACAGUGUAACGGUCUCAGCAUCCUCCUCCUCCAACAUCAGCCCCGGAGUCAGUCGCAUGAUCAACACCAACGAGAGCGUUGCUGGACCACCUUUUGGCCUAGAAGGAGAGGCCGUAGGAUCUAAUGGUAUUCUUCUCUCCUGGACAACGCCAUCUAAUGGCAAUAAUAUUGACGGAUACAUCAUAAGGUACAAGGAGGUGUGUCCCUACCCCGACCCCACAUUCACACAGGUGACCAAGUACCUGGACAUCCCAGAGACCCUGCUCACUGACUUCACCUCCGGCUCUACAUACCACAUCGAGGUAGCAGCCAUAUCUCCAGCUGGAAUAGGAGCCUUCAGCAAAUCUUUAUACAUCAAGACAGCGGAAUCCCCCCCUGGCCUGGUGACCAACUUGACAGCGUUUUCUCAGAACCACACCAAUGUGUUGGUUACCUGGUUCCUGCCGCACCGCAUCAACGGCCUCAUCACAAAGUUUGCUGUCAAGGCUAAACACGCUCGUACCGGGCAGACGGUUCGCACGCUGGAGGUCAAUGCAGAGGACAUCAUGACCGGGGCGCUGCCUCACUGCAAUGAUGCAGCCGAUAUCCUGUCACGUGCGACUCCCAGUCCCGUGGAAAUAACAGCCUCGUUGUCACCCAUCACCCACUCCGCCGUGCCCCCUGCAGCCGCCUGGAGUGUGCCCAUAUCAGUAGGGGUUGAUCAGCUACGCCCUUAUACCGCAUAUCUAUUCGAAGUUUCUGCCUUCACCUCUGACGGAGAGGGACAGAUAGCCUCCACUAUGGUCCGCAUGCCAGAAUCAGCCCCAGAAGACUCCCCAACAAACUUUGUUGUAUUGAAUAUGACAUCUAGAUCUAUAUCCGUGUCCUGGAGCUCUCCCAACAUCAUCACAGGAAAAAACACCUAUGUUAUCUACCUUUAUGGACCUACAGGAUAUUUGUAUGAGAACAGCACAGCAGACACGCGGUUUGCUCUGACUGGUUUGAGUCCCUUCACAAGGUACACGUUGGCCGUCAGAGCCAAAGUGUCUGGAGAAGUAGGCCCAGCAGCGCAGGAAGAUGUGAUUACACCUGCAGAAGCACCCAGUGCAGUGCAGGACUUGAUAGCUGAAGCUGAGGAUUCAGUUUCAAUCCGUGUGAGUUGGAGGAUCCCUGCCCAGCCCAAUGGUCCGAUCAUACAGUACAAACUGCAGGUUCUGGCUGGCGUCACCCUGCUGCAGGACAUCACCCUCACUGCUGAAAUGAAUACAACUGAUUUGCCUGAAGAUGACACUGUUCCCCCUGAUGUCAGUAACAAUUCCGGGCGACGUAAGAGAACAGCUGAGCUCAGUCUGAUCACAUCUCCGCCGACAUUCACUGCCACUGUCCCCGAUCGCACACUUCCCAAACGUUCAACUGCUUCUGGCCUUACACACUCUGGACAAAGAAUUGCCGACCAAAUCACUAACACCUAUGCUCAAGUAACCGCUGCCUCCGCGGUCACCGAGGAGCCCAACACAAGUUACAUUUCUGCUUCACACUCUGACAGCACAAACACUCAAUCCUCUGACUCUGCAGUCUCUGGGACUUCUUCAUUUUCUCCUACCUCUGUGCCACCGGCUACGCCUCCACCCUGGCUCACAAAGCAAUCCCAGGCUGGAGAUCUGACCUCAGAUUCAUCACGCUUGGCCCUGACCCCAGGCCAGCUACGCUUGUUUACUCAAGAUGCAUCAAUUACAGGAGCCUUUUUAACACGCAACACAGCAACUUCUGGUGCUAAAGGUGUAACAAUGAGAGAGGAGGUGAUGGACGUGUUGUCUGAGGAGUUGUCUUACCUGGUGUCAGAUCUGAAUCCCUUCACCGAGUACACGUUCAGGGUCACUGCUUCCACACCAGUGGGAGAGGGUCCUGCAACAGAUAUCACUGAGAAGACCAGGGAGCAGGUCCCUAGCUCAGUGCUGGAAGUGUCCUAUCAAAACAUCAGCUCCACCUCCAUACUAGUGAGCUGGGCGCCACCGCUUAACCCCAACGGGCGGAUCACACAUUACACCGUCUACGGCCUCAAACUGCACAGUGAUCAGGCCCUGAAGUGGUCUACCGACGCUACCAGCAUAUUGAUAACGGAUCUGGACAAGUAUACUGGUUAUAAGCUACGCGUAGCUGCUUCUACAGCUGUGGGAGAGAGCUCCCUGUCGGAGGACGAUGACAUCUUUGUUUUCACCUUAGAGGACGAGCCUGACUCCCCCCCUGUGAACCUCACUGUGGUCGCCACCAGCCCCCUCGCCGCCACAUUGGCCUGGUCCGCCCCAGAGCAAGCCAAUGGGAUGAUCCAAUAUUACGAGGUCCAGUAUGAGAACGAGUCCUACUCUGAGUUACUGAACACAUCCUCAAACACAGCAACUCUGAUGAACCUGAAGCCUUUCUCCUACUACAACGUGACUGUGAAGGCGUACACCCGUUACGGCCACGGCAACCAAACGUCAGAAUCUUUGUACCUGCUGUCCGGAGAAGAUGUCCCGGGCAGUCCUCCGUAUGACGUUACUUAUGAGUCGGUCAGUCCCAGCGAGGUGAACGUGACCUGGCAGCCCCCUCUGCUGCCAAACGGGAUCAUUACCCACUACAGCCUGCAGCUGUGGAACUCCAGCCACUACCUGAACCUCACCUCCCCUACCAACUACAUCCACAUCACACACCUGAGGAAGUACGCCAACUACCGCGUCAUGGUGCAAGCACACACACGCGUUGGGCCUGGGAACUACAGCAGUGAUCCGCUGAACAUCACUACACUGGAGGAUGUGCCAAGUGACUCAGUGAAAAACCUGACCGCUCAGAUCUUCAGCUCCACUGCCAUCAUCGUCAGCUGGGACCCUCCCCUGGAGCCCAACGGCCGUCCCACCUACCUGCUCACCUUACAGGCGGCUGGCAUCUUCCCAGACCCACCCAACCAAGGGGCUUCAGCUGUCAACAAGACCAUCAAGCAUAGCACGACUGACACAGUCUUUCUGUUCACCAGAUUGAGGAAAUAUUUCCCCUAUGUGUUGACUGUUACGCCGGCAACUCGUGCUGGCGCGGCCUACAAUCAUACCAGCACGAUGUAUCUGCGAACAGAUGAUGAUAUUCCUAGUUCUGCUCCGGUGCCGGUGUCCACCAAGAAUCAGUCGUCAUCCUCUAUCGCGAUGGUCUGGCAGCGCCCUCUGGAGGCCAACGGGGAGAUAACAGAAUAUACCCUCACUCUUUUUGGCCCAGGGGGCUCCAACACAACUCAAACCCCCAACACCUCGUUCAUCCUCAGCAACCUGCUUCCAUACACAGCUUACAACAUCACUAUUACAGCUGCUACGCGUAAAGGCUCAGGACCCCACCUGCUGCUGCAGCUGCACACCGAUGAAGGAGGCCCCAUGUCCCCCCCCCGUAACCUGACCAUAUAUAACCAUACAGCGGUCUCUGUGUGGCUGAGCUGGGAGCCUCCUCUGGAGCCCAAUGGAGUGGUGAUACAGUACGGCUUCAGGAUCCGAGACCUCAUCACACACACCGUCACACACAGGAAUUCCUCUGGGCCGUCGACCAUCGAGGAUCUUUCAGGCUUCAGGCCUCAUAGCUCCUACGAGAUCAGUGUUUACAGUUACACCAGAGUGGGCCAUGGGAAUCAGUUCAGCAGCCCUGUGGCCUUCACAACUAAUGAGUCAGUGUCUGACGCUGUGGGGAACCUGUCUUGCUCUGGAGUUAGCUGGGAUUCAAUUCAGCUGUUUUGGGAACAUCCAAGCAACCCUAAUGGGCAGAUAAUGUUUUAUGAAAUUCUAGUGGAGGUUGACUCGCAGUCAUACACACACCAGGUUUACACACCAGUGUACACAGUGACAGGGCUGUCUCCAGACCAGGAGUACGCUCUCACUGUGUCUGCAGUUAACUCUGCAGGACCUGGAGACGGACUGAACUGUACUGCUUCCACUCUCUCUGAAUCAGCCCCCGCUGCCCCUCGCUUCCUCACCAUCUCUCAGGUCACCCCUAACAAUGUGACACUUCAGUGGGCUGCACCGCUCUCCAUUCCCGGCCUGCUGAAAGAGUACCAUGUCAUUGCACAGCUGAUUUCCACUGUUUGCGAACCAAACACACUAACUACUGCACAGCCGGCCCCAGAGGACGAGCCGACCUCAGACUGCGUUCACUCUAAUGUCACAGUGUCGGUGAAUGCUUCGGACCACAUUGACGGGAGCCUCAGCGUCACACUCCAAUCCCUGGCUAAAUACCGAUACUACCGCUUCAAGGUGGCUGCUGUGACCAACGCCGGGGUUGGAGAAUACACACUCUGGAAAUAUGAACGCACCUUGGCUGGAAACCCUGAUGACCCUCCCCGGGACCUGAAAGUGACCCCCACCUCCAGCGGACUUCACAUCACUUGGAACCCUCCAGCUGUUAUCGCUGGACCCACUUCCUAUCUUGUGCAGGUGGACGGUCCCGGUCUGAACUUCUCUACAGUCCGGGCUCCAGGAGAGCUGACGACCGUUGUUGUGACUGAGCUGACUGCCUUCACUCGUUACUUUGUGACGAUCACUGCCUUUACCGGUCCAUCGGAGCAUGCUGCCAGCGAUGGGAAAGCUAUCGGACCAAUUGAAUUUCAAACGCUGGAGGAGGAGCCCAAGGACCCUCCCAAGAAUGUUGUAUUAUCAGUUGUCCCAGAGUUAGUGAACCAAGUGAAGGUGACUUUUACCCCUCCAGAAGAGCCCAAUGGAAACAUUACAUCCUACUUUGUGUACAUCUACGAAAAGGACCAACUAGUCAAGAACAUCAGCCUUAAUAUCACCCACAGAGACCAAAACACGAUGACUGCUGUCAUUGAGGGUCUGAAGGGAGGACACAGCUACAGCAUACAGAUUUCAGCUAAGAACGGGGCAGGUCUGAGCCCACCCAGCUCUCAAGUCCGUAUAACUACAGGGAUCACAGCUCCGGCCAAGCCAACGCAAAGACCCCAGGCAGAGCUGGGCCAUGGAGAGGUUGCCAUGGUAACCCACAGGAGUAUCACCAUCCGCAUGCCUGCCUGUUUCUAUAGUGACGACAAUGGACCAAUCACAAAAAUUCAGGUCAUCGUGGCCGAGUCAGGGGUGAAGGACAUCCAGAACCUGACCAACUGGAAGAAUGCAUUCUUCCAUCGACCUGACCCUUACCUGACUGACAUGGGGUUCCCUAACCCACCGUGUCCUCUUGGGGACGGGGCGCAGCGCACGGACGCACACGUCAGAGGGGGUCGCAGUGUGUCUGCACGGGGCCCGCCCACAGUGAGGAACAAUCACACCACAGCAGGAACCUACGUGAUCGGACGGAACAAUGACUGUGUAAAGGAGAACCACACCGAUCAUUUCUGCAACGGACCUCUGAAGCCAAAAACAGUCUAUGUGUUUAAGUUCAGAGCCACUAAUAUUAAUGGCCAAUACACAGACUCAGUGUACUCGGAGCACGUCAAGACUGCAGUGGACGGACUGUUGACCAGAGAAGAGCAGAUCAUCCUGGGUGUUUUGCUCUCCGUCACCUUGGCUGUGUUGCUCAUCAUUAUCAUCUGUGGCUCUGUCAAGAUCCAUCAGCGCAAGAAGGAGGGCGGGACUUAUUCACCCAGAGAGGCAGAGAUCAUAGAGACCAAGUGUAAACUGGAUCAGCUGAUUGCUGUGGCAGAUCUGGAACUCAAACAAGAAAAACUCAACCGGUAUUCUUCCUUCUUCUUUAGGCGGAAAGAGAUUUAUGUGAUCCAGCUGCUCAGCUACAGGAAAUCACUCAAGCCUGUCAACAAGAAGUCUUUCCUGCAGCAUGUAGAGGAUCUGUGUGCCAACGACAACUCCAAGUUCCAGGAGGAGUUUGCUGAGCUACCAAAGCUGCUGCAGGACCUGGCCACCACUGACGCUGACCUGCCCUGGAACAAAUCCAAAAACCGCUUCCCUAACAUUAAACCUUACAAUAACAACCGAGUGAAACUGCUGUCAGAGCCGGGCACUGCGGGCUCUGACUUCAUCAACGCCAGCUUUGUGUCAGGCUACCUUUGUCCAAAUGAGUUCAUAGCCACCCAGGGGCCUCUGCCGGGCACCGUGGCCGACUUUUGGAGGAUGAUCUGGGAAACAGGAACCCGCACUAUCGCCAUGCUCACACAGUGUUACGAGAAAGGGAGAAUUCGAUGUCACAAGUACUGGCCAGAGGACAAUAAGCCGAUGUCGGUGUUUAGUGACAUUCUCAUCUCAAAAGUGUCAGAGGAAGUCCUUCCUGACUGGACUGUCAGAACUCUCAAAGUAGAAAAGCAUGGGCACUACAUUCUGGUUCGCCACUUCAACUACACAUCGUGGCCUGAGCACGGAGUCCCAGAGUCCUGCAGCACGCUCAUCAAGUUUGUCCAAGCUGUCCGAGCCCACAGGCACGACAACACCACUAUAGUGGUCCACUGCAGUGCUGGUGUGGGCAGAACUGGUGUAUUUAUCGCUCUCGACCACCUCAUUCAGCACGUCAGAGAUCACGACUUUGUGGAUAUUUACGGCCUGGUGGCUGAACUUCGCAGCGAGAGGAUGUGUAUGGUACAGAAUCUGGCCCAGUACAUCUUCCUGCACCAAAGUACGCUAGAACUUCUAAACAACAAAGGCAACAGCCAGUCCAUCUGGUUUGUCAGCUAUUCUGCUCUGGAAAAGAUGGACUCCCUGGACGCUAUGGAAGGUGAUGUUGAGCUGGAAUGGGAAGAAACCACUAUGUAAAGUCUGACCGAGAGACACCUUUUCCUGGGAGAGAGUGACGCUUGUCGGGAGGCGGCCUGUGCACAAAGGUGGACUGGACUGACCCACUACACAAGGUUAGAGGGGGGUGCAGGAGAAACAGGAAGCGAACAGCACAGUUUAAACUGAGCGAUCUGUCAGGCGACUUUGUUCCUCCACCUCAACCCACUUCUCUGCACUGUCCCCCCUUUAAUAAACCUCUAGUGAGAAACAAAAGGGAGACAGAAUUUGAGAAACGUUUGAAAGAGCGGUGAGCUGACUGUGAGAGCUCUAUGACAUCUGUAAUCUUACAGGCAUUUUGCACAAAUUGAUUCCACUGUGUAUUGUAAUUAUUGUACUAUGUUGAUAUCAUCUAUGUUUUUGUAAGAUAAUUUAUUCAGCCAAAAUGGUGUUUUGUUUCAAUCUCUUUGUAAAUCUGACUAUGUUGAAGAGUGGACAGUAUUUACGUUGUGUUUAUCCUUUCUCAAGAGUGAUUUGCAAAAAUAAAAGCAACUUGUAUUUUU